AAAAGAGUUUUAGUGAAGUAAACAACAACACUCCCACUCAACAACACUCACACCAAGACGAUGGUUUCGUUUCGGUUCCCUUUCUCGUUUUCUCAGCCCCCGCGUGCCACGUCAUUCUCUGCCUUCUCCAUUUCCGCUGUCACAGUUGGCGCUGCAGCAGCCGCCGGAGCUGCGAUCGCGGCUUCUCGUAAUCCCAAGCAUCCGUUUCUGGAAUGGGCCUCCUCCUCUCACCGUUCGUCCCUGUUACCAUGGGGAUCUAUAACUCUAGCCGACUCUACCUCCGAAUCCGUUGUUGAACCCAAGACCGGUUUCUCGUUUCCCGCUUCAAUCGGAGAUUCCCGGCGAUUGCUCGGCGUCGGCCUGAGGAAGAAGAGCUUACUGGGAUUAAAGAACAUCGAUGUCUACGCCUUCGGCGUGUAUGCUGAUUGUGAUGAUGUGAAGAAGCUUGUGGGUGAGAAAUACGCAAAUCUCCCAGCUUCGGAGAUUAGGGGGAACAAGGCCUUCAUGGAUGAUCUCAUGGAAGCCGAUAUCAAGAUGACUAUAAGGCUGCAGAUUGUCUACGGCAAACUCAACAUCCGCUCCGUGCGCAAUGCUUUUCAAGAAUCCGUCGGAAACAGACUCAACAAGUUCGGUGGCUUGGACAACGACCAGUUGCUUCUUAGCUUCACUAGCCUCUUCAAAGAUGAGUAUAAGAUUCCAAGAAACUCCACUAUUGAUCUGACAAAAGAACCAGGCCAUGUCCUCAGCGUUGCAAUUGAGGGAGACCAUGUCGGGAGUGUGAAGAGCCAACUCUUGUGUAAGUCGAUCUUAGACUUGUACAUUGGUGAAGACCCGUUUGAUAAGAAAGCCAGGGAAGAUUUUCUUGACAAUGUGGCUUCUCUAGCACAUUGACAACUGGUUGACAACUAGUUCAUAAGAAGAGGAAAACUAAUCUUUGCUAUCUUUCUUAUCGGAUUCUCUAUACGACAUUAAUGUUGAGGAAUGUAUUUGAAAUAAAUUAAAAUGGGGAAUGGUUUUUUGUUA